AUGCACCUCACAGUUUUACACAACGACGUCCGCGUCGCGCGCCUCGAAGGCGCCCAGGACGUCCCCCCCCUCCUCCGCCUCGUCCGCGGCCCGCUUCGCCGCCGCCGCCGCCGCGCGCCGCGAGUUCUGGUCCUUGACCUUCUUGAGGCGCGUGAAGUCCUCCCGCUCGAGCUCGUCAAGCUCGGACGUGAUGUACGAGAGCGUCGCCUCGAUGCGCGGGAUCGUCACGUUCUCGAGCGCGUUCACGCGCCGGUUCGUCACCUUCAGGGCCUCGUCCAUCGUCACGAAGGACGUCUGGAGCGAGGCCAGCUUCACGAGGAUCUCGAGCAGCGCGCCGAAGCGCGCGCGGCACUCGCCAAUUUUGGUACCGCCGCCGCCGAGCCCGAGCGUGUCGAGGUGGUCCGUGCCCACGUCCGCGCGGACGCGCCGGAACACGGGGAUCUUGACGCCCGCGAUGUUGUCGGUGCGGCCCUCGAUGCGGCAGCUCGCCUCGAAGGAGCCCUCGAGGACUUUGUUUUUGAAGUCUCCCGCGGCGUACUGCGCGGCCGUGAGCGAGAAGAACGCCGCGCCGCAGGCGUCGGCCAUCGUGGCCUUGGUCGCGUAGAUCUCCUUGGCGAUGCCCUGGAAGCGCGCCUUGAGCGCGUCGGCCUUCUUCUUGAGGAGCUGGUGGCCCUUGGUCGCGCCCGUCCUCUUGGUCUUGUAGGUCUGGAGGGCCAUGCGCGUGGGCGGCACCUGGUCGGCCAUCGUGCGGGGCGCGCAGCGACGGGAACGCGACCGCCGGCGCUGCGGGCCGACGCGCGAGGACACUGGACGUCCCAGGGCUGAAG